UUUGAAUUCUAUUUUAGUCAGCAGACGGUUCACAUUUAGGUCCGCAUUUUUUUUUAUAUAUAGAAAAACUUGACGGUAUAUUAGUGACGGAAUGAGAAACUCACCGAUGCGAUAAUCUCCAAAAAUAGAAGGGAAAGUAAAUAAUUCACAGUGAAGGUGUAAUCAAAUGUUUGGACUAAUUUUUGUUACGGAAUUGAGUUGAGGUUAAGGCCAAAAAAGUAUAACAUAUGGGCGGUUGUCUACCUCUUUUUUUCCUUUUUCUUCGUAAUUUUUUAUUCAUUCUACAAAAUCAUCGUGAUUGAAGUUCCACUUUUUUUUUCAAUUGUUAACCUUUGAACUUGUAAGGUUUUUAAAUAAUCUUUACUAUAAACGAUAUUUGCCCGCGGAUAAUUCGUAAACGAAAAGAGAGCUUUUUCAUUUUGAAAAUAACGCAUAAACCGGAAGUGAUCUCGCGAGUCUUCAUUCCCGCGAGUUUGACGUUCACCAGUGCCGCAUCGAUAAUUUGCGACGGACGUCUUGCAUACUGAACAGGGAACAGCUGGUUGUCAAUUUUUUGUCAGUUUCCUUCUGACGUACGAAAAUCACUGAUAAAAAAAAAACAGUACUCGUGUACAGGUCUCAAGAAGGCGGGAACGGCAUGGAAGAAGAAAAGACAAGUGGUAAAGAAAAACAGUUGACAAUCAGAGGAUGGAAAUUUUAUUCGUGCCGCUUUCAUGCGUAGAAGAUUUUGGCAUUCAUAGUUUGACCAAGUAACUUCGACCCAAAAAACGCUGUCAUCUUCGCACGAUCCUGGCUGGAAUGAUCCACCUAAGUGGGCUUUUUCACCAUCACCAGGUGCAGGAGCAGUGCCCACAAAACGAAUGUUGAACAAGAGAGUGGCUUUUCCUCUGAAUUCCGGAUCCCCAGGAACAAGUUUGAACAACAAUCAGGCACCUCCUGGCUUACCGAGCAGUCUCCCUCCUCCUGUACAAUCUUCUCCUUUGACGUCAGCACCUCACCGGCCUCUUUCGAUACCGUCAGGAAAAACUGAAUCUCCAUGUUCCACAAUUAUAGCUUUUGACAAGGAUCAAGCUCUGAUCGAAACUGUAGAAAACUUUGAUGCGGUUAUGAGCCAAGAACUUGAAUUUAGUAACAAAAUAGAGGAAGUUCAAAGAAGAUUGGAUGUUUUGAAAGUCAUGUGGAAAGAGGAUAAAUUGAAGGAAGAAAUUUGUGAUAAAGUGCUAAAAAUUUCCCAAGCUCUGAAAAACAAUGACGCCGAAGCUGCUGAUAAAAUCCAUGUUUCACUCGUUAUGGAGAAUGCAGCAGUCUGCAAUACAUGGAUUUCUGGCAUUAGACACAUGAUCCUUGAAUUGAGAGAGAAAUCGAGUCAGCGGGACACAGCAGUUUUGUUAAAUUCCACUGCUUAUCUUCUUCCAAAAGCGGAAAAAGGAGAAGAAGCUUUAUGAAUUUUGCAAUACAUUGAAUAUUUGUUAACAAUAAUAAAUGAAUUAUUAUAUAUCUAUUA